UAAACCCUCAUAUUCCACACCGUCUCACAAUUUCUCUCUCUAUAACCGCUUUCUCUCUCUCUAAAAACUUCACAAAUCAAGCUUUCUAGAGAGAGAAACAACACAACAAUGGCGUCUUCAACACUCGUGAUGGUUCUCCUCCUCGCUUUAGCUGCCGGAUCUGCACUAUCUCAGUCUCCGACAGCCGCACCAACCGUUUCUCCGACGGCCACUCCUACCGCUACGCCGCCGUCUCCCGUGGUUACUCCGCCGUCAACCGCGCCUACAUCAACUCCAACGGAAUCUCCGAUUGCGUCUCCACCGGCUCCUCCCACCGCUGAUACCCCUGCCGGAGGUCCGGCGGCAUCUCCGCCGUCGAUUGCUUCGACUCCUACCGGAUCUCCAACUGCUUCUCCUAACGGUGCUGGUUUGAAGAGUGUUGGAUUUGGUUUAGUUGCGGUUGUUGCUGGUGGUUUGUUGCUGUAGAGAUCUGGUGGUGUGAGAUUUGGUGAAAGUGAAAGUGGUGGUUUUAUUUAUUUUGUUUGUUUUGGAUUUUAUUCAAUUUUUAUAGUUGUUGAUGCUAGGGUUUAUUAUGAUGUGAUUGUUAUAUUUGACGAUGAUUAUGAUGAUGAUGGAUACUUUAUUUUCUUGUAAUAUAUCUUCAUUUGUUCUAUAUAUGCAUUGCUUUUUAUUUA